CAAUCAUCUAAUAAACACUUCCAUCUUCGUUCUCUGAAUUUUCUCACAGUUGUUUCAGUUUUUCUCUCAACCCAAACACUUCAUGUUUAAAACCAUGAAGCUUUCUGGUCGUAAUUUCCAUGGAAUCAUUGUGAUUGUUUUUGUUAUGUUAAGUACAAGUUCGACAUCUGCAAUGACGAAGUUUAAUGUUUUGAACUUCGGGGCUAACCCGAUUGGUCGAACCGAUUCAACCGACGGUUUCCUCAAGUCAUGGAAUGCAGCCUGUAGCACGGCAGACUCGACCUUCAUAUAUGUGCCGAAAGGGCGGUAUUUGGUGGGUUCCUUGGCUUUUAAGGGCCAAUGCAAAAGCCCUCAGAUCAUCAUAAGAAUCGAUGGCACCAUUGUGGCUCCUUCGGAUUAUGGAGUGCUGGGAAAAUGGGAAAAUUGGGUUAGCUUUGAAAGAGUGAACGGAGUUUCUAUAAUUGGUCAAGGUGCAUUUGAUGCUAAAGGACCCUCUCUUUGGGCUUGCAAGGCUUCCCGCUCUAACUCAUGUCCUCUUGGAACCACAACGUUGCGAUUUACCAACUCAAACAACAUCACUAUCAAUGAAUUAACAUCUUUAAAUAGUCAAAUGUUUCACAUUGCGAUUAAUGGAUGCCAAAAUGUGCAAAUCCAAGGAGUUAAGAUUAUUGCGGCCGGUGAUAGCCCCAAUACUGAUGGCAUCCAUGUCCAAUUGUCAACAAAUGUGAAAAUAUUUAAUAGCUCUAUUAAAACCGGAGACGACUGCAUCUCGAUUGGUCCCGGCACAAAAAAUUUAUGGAUCGAGCAAGUCACUUGUGGUCCCGGUCACGGCAUUAGCAUUGGAAGUUUAGCAAAGGAUUUGGAAGAGGACGGGGUCCAAAAUGUUACAGUGAAGAAGACAAUCUUUUCCGACAGCCAAAACGGAUUGAGAAUCAAAUCAUGGGCUAGGCCAAGUAGUGGAUUUGUUCAAGGGGUUCGAUUUGUAGAUUCCGUGAUGAGAAAUGUUCAAAACCCUAUUGUGAUUGAUCAAAAUUAUUGCCCUCACAACGAAAAUUGUCCGGGUCAAGUUUCAGGAAUAAAGAUUAAGGAUAUCAAGUAUGAGAAUAUAAGAGGAACAUCAUCGACACCUAUAGCUAUAAAAUUUGAUUGUAGUCCUAAGAAUCCAUGUACCGAAAUAAGUUUGCGAAAUGUAAAUUUGACAUAUUUGGAUAAAGAUGCUCAAUCAUUUUGUUGUAACGUAAUGGGGAAAGUAUUUGAUUUAGUUCGACCAAAUAGUUGUUUGUAAAUCAUAGAUUAUGGAUUUACUCUUUUGUUUAUUAGGUACAUAUAUUUAUUGUAUAUUGAAAUUCUUUAGCCUUUGAAAUUCAGGUUGGAUUCAGGCUAA